GCCGCCAUGGCCCCGCCCCGUGCUCCGGGGAGGCGGGGGGGGAGGCGGAGCAUGGCGGGCCCAGACCCGCGCCUGGCGCCUGCGGCCCCCUCCAAGAUGGAGGGCUGGCCAGGAGCCUGGUAUGUGCCAUGUCUAGCUUCACUUGAGACCCUCCAAGAAUUAUGUAGGAAGGAAAAUCUCAGAUGUAAAGCCAUUGGAAUCACCAACAGGAGUCUAAAGAGUUAUGAGGUGGAAUAUUUGUGUGACUACAAGGUAGAAGAGGGCACAGAAUACUAUCUUGUGAAAUGGAAAGGAUGGCCAGAGUCUUCAAAUACUUGGGAGCCUCAGAAAAAUCUGAAAUGUCCGUUGCUUCUUCAAAACUUUCUUAGUGACAAGAACGAAUACUUAUCUCGAGUGAAAGAAGGCAAAGCACUGAAAGUGAGAAACCAUGUUAAAGCCUUGAAACCUGCGGUCGCAGAUUACAUUGUAAGGAAGGCUAAGCAAAGAAUAGCUCUGCGGAGAUGGAAAGAAGAACUCAACAGGAAAAAGAAUCAUAAAGGAAUGAUUCUGGUAGAAAACACUGUGGAUCUUGAAGGUCCUCCUUUAGACUUCUACUACAUUAACGAGUAUAAGCCUGCUCCGGGAAUAAAUGUAAUCAAUGGAAUAACGACUGGCUGUGAAUGCUCAGACUGCCCUGCUGAGAAGUGCUGUCCAAAGGAGGCUGGCUUUAUUUUGGCUUAUAAUAAAAAAAAGAAGCUGAAAAUCCAGCCUGGCUUGCCCAUCUAUGAAUGCAACUCGUUUUGUAGGUGCGGGCCCGACUGCCCUAAUAGGAUAGUACAGAAGGGCACACAGUAUUCGCUUUGCAUCUUCCGAACUAACAACGGACGAGGCUGGGGAGUAAAAACCCUCCAGAAAAUUAAAACCAACAGUUUUGUGAUGGAGUAUGUCGGAGAGGUGAUUACAAGUGAGGAAGCAGAGAGACGGGGCCAGCUCUAUGACAACCAGGGCAAUACGUACUUGUUUGAUUUGGACUAUGACUCAGACGAAUUUACAGUGGAUGCGGCUCGCUAUGGAAAUGUGUCCCACUUUGUGAAUCACAGCUGUGAUCCAAAUCUCCAAGUCUUCAACGUGUUUAUUGAUAACCUCGACCUGCGUCUUCCUCGAAUAGCACUGUUUUCCACGAGAACCAUCAAGGCUGGAGAGGAGCUCACCUUCGACUACCAGAUGAAAGGUUCAAUAGAUCUGACUUCAGACUCUGCGGAUGGUCUCAGCCCCUCCAGGAAGAGGAUCAGAACAGUCUGUAAAUGUGGAGCUGUGUGUUGCAGAGGUUAUCUCAACUGAGAUUGGGUAUCUAACGUCACAAAUACUUUUUUUCUCUUCUAAAAGUGUUUUAAGAAGACUCUUCUUUCACACAUAUAUUAUUCUUACAGCUAAUGUAAACGAAUCCAAUGAAAAGAAGGCAUUCUGUUUGUAACUGAAAUGGCAUUGGCCAAAGAAAGCUAUCUAGUGUAUCAGGCUGAAACUGAUAACAGAGGAUAAAGUUUGAUUUCUGUAGCACUGUUCUGUAGGAAGGAGAAAGGUGUAUGGUAAGAAAACUCUUUAAAAUGUACCUUGAUUUGAAUACUGAGUGUGAGCUUACAAAGUGUAGGCCUUUUAGGAGCUGAUUUCAGUGGGAUGAAGUCGUGUUGCAUAUUUUCUCUACCUUGAAAAGUCUGGAGACAUCCAAUUUGAGUCCUGAAUCACAGCGGACAGUUUCUUUGCUUUAUUUUCUGUUGGUGGUGUUGAACAAAAGAAAGGUUUGGAGAGAUUUGCAAUAAUAUAUCUGGCUCCACAAUGAAGGAGGGCCGUCGGAGAGUGGCUAGAAGAGCGUUCGCAGGCAUGCAGACUACAAAACAUCCACUGAACUCCACACAAGUCAUCGGUAUUAGCAGAGUCCAGAUGUAAGGUCAGGUCUCGAACAGCUUUAGCUGAUGUCACAUUACUUAAAAGUUCUACAAAUAGAACUUUUCCACUUGUUAGCUUCUGGCUUUCAGUUAAGAUUCUAGAGGGGAUCUGCAGUUCUGCACAGAAUUUGUAAAUACUGCACUGUUACCAGUAACGUACGCUGUUCUGUUCCCGCUGCAGAGAGCUGGCGGUCAUCGCUGAAACAAAUUACUGGCUACAGUUUGGAAAGAGAUAACAAAGAGGGAAAGCAGCCCAUUGUCUAGCAAAGCUGAUGCAUUCUGGAGAUGGUUACCUGUUAGGUGCAGAAAUAGCCUGGGAAUUGAUUUGUAUUAGGAGUUGGUUUUGAUUAAGUUUUUACAUACUGUGACUUUUUUUACCUAGUGACAGAUUUUUUAAGAGACUAGGCCUAUUUUUUCUUGUUGCAAAAAUGUUAACUUCAGUGAAGUUAGACUAGGGAUGAGCUACCCGUUUGUUGUAGAUGUUUGUAAGAUGUUUUUGAAUGUAAAGGCUGAGAAAUACACAGUUCUUAAGCUGCUUGAAUCUGAUUUUUUUUAUUUUUUUUUUUUAAUUAUUAUUAUCUUCAAGUUGACUUGAUCUGUUUGUAAUGUAUGCUAACUUUUGUUUGGCUUCAAAACACUGAAGAGCAGUUGAGUUAGGUUAUGAGUGAAGUUCCAGCCAAGGUCCGUGCUCUGAGGAUGAUCGAAGGGCUUUACUCUCACAGAUAAAACACUUGUAAAGCUGGCAUAUUGCUUACCAAUGGUGUAAAUGUUGGUAGGGUCAGGCAGAAUUAUGUUGCUCCAUAACUGGAUGCGAGCUAUGUAUCAUAGGUCAGCGAGUUACCUUUAUAAGGUGCACUGCUGUUGGCUCAGGUGAAUGAAGUCAAGUACCCAGCAUGUAUCAGUUUACUUAAUUAGUUAGAAAAUGCCUUAAACUUCACAUUAAUUCCUAGCACUCCAAGAAGAGUGUUUCAAAGGAUAGUACAGGUUGGUUGUUGAUGAAGAAGCACAGUUGCAUUGGCACCAAACAUCCGGCUCUUUGGCAGAAAGUGACAUUUUUAUAUGCUGUGAGACAGCAAAAUCAGUUUGGCUGAGGUGAAGAGCGUAGGCCACCGAAAGUGCUCAGUUUUGUAGUCCACAAUACAGAGAUCUGCGUUGCAAUCGAUGUUUUAUACUGUUUAAUGGAGAAAGUUUGCUCAGAUUUCAGAAUGUCUGCCAUUACCAGGCUCACCUGUAUUCACACACUUGAAUAAACACUGAAUCUAGCCAAUUUUUAAAAUGCCAUUUCUCUCACAUUUUUUAUUUUGGUGGAAUGCGGAGCUUUAAUGUUACCAAGCUCUAGAUGAUCUUUUAUCGUCUGGAGUUGUGCUUUCUCUUGCAUGUAGCCCAGGUCAGCAGUGCGUUCCACGUGGAUGGAACCUGCCAUCUCCAGCUGCUCAACCUGCUGCUGUCCGCAGCAUUUCCUGUCGGUGCAGGAGCAGCCGCGGCAAGAAACAGAUUCCUUACCAAAUCAGUCCCUCUGGCCUCUCCUGUGCGAGGUGACAGACGGUCUGACACCCUUUUUCGGCUAUGUCUAUGCCCAGUUUGAUUUUAAAAAAUCACAAGUAAAUUCAUUUUGAAAGCUAAAGUCUUACUAGUUGUACUUGAGUUCAGUGUCUGCCUUUUUCCCAAGGCAGUAAUGUGUGAUCACCAGCAUUAAAAUAACACUGUUGUUCUCUAAGGAUGUGUAUGUUACCUCGUGUGACAAAUAAAGGACCUUUAACUUACAUCCUGGGAGGUAACAGUAGUUUGUAUUUAUUUGAAGCUAGUCCAUGGAUCCUGUUCCUAAUUUAGAAGCUCGAACAGUGUUUAUAUUUACGUAUUCAGUGCGUUUGGGAUUGCAGUUGGUGAAUUAGCUUAAUGUUACACUGCGUCACUUUUAAAUCUUGCUGUUCUUAGGAGUUCAGGGGGAAAAUUGCCAAAUGGGAGAAGAAACUUAUUUUCAAUUUCUUAAGGAGCCUAAACCAGCCUAGCUUCUGCCUUUGUUUUGCGUUGUGGUCUGGUAGCAUCGUCACGGCCACUAGGUCAGUUGUGUACAUGCACUUAGAGUCUGGUAACCUGUGCUCUAUCCUCUAGCUUUUUUGUUGUUGUUUUGGUUGGUUUUGUUUUUGUUUUGAGUUAGCAGAACUAAUGCUGCAAGAUCAUCUGUAAGAAAGCUUCUGUCUAUUUAUUUAAUCUCGAAGUUAAGUCAAUCCUUUGGUUAUUUCUAAUGUAUGUUUUAGGACUGUGUACAUUAGAAUAUGCAGUUUGUAAGCUCAGGAACAUUUUCUUUUAAUAAUGUGUGAUCUCUAGUAUUGCUAUCUUCCUAUAGUUUUUGAUAAAAAUAAAUUUAAAUUAGUUUUUCU